UUGGGCAUUACAGCCCGAAUUCAAACAUUUCUAAGGAGCAUGUCCCGUGCCAGGCUCUGACUGGUGGCUCAAGUUAAGAAGGAAAAGAGCCCUGUGGUUUACUGAGAACAUCUUUGGUACCAAGCCCUCGGGCCAAGAACUUGUACCUGUGCUUUCGUUUCCAUGACAACGACUUAUCUCUCUUCAAAGGAGGAACUGACUCAGUCACUUUAAGGACAAGCUCAGGGCUGCACAGACAGCAAAGCAAGAAGACUUAAUGAAGCCUUUCUUCCCAACCCAUACCCAGAAAGAACAAUUUAGAUGACAGUUUUUAAAAAGGUGACAACCAUGAUCUCCUGGAUGAUCUUGGCCUGUGCCCUUCCGUGUGCUGCUGACCCAGUGCUUGGUGCCUUUGCUCGCAGGGACUUCCAGAAGGGUGGUCCCCAACUAGUUUGCAGCCUGCCUGGUCCCCAAGGCCCGCCUGGCCCUCCAGGAGCACCAGGAUCCUCAGGAGUGGUGGGAAGAAUGGGUUUUCCUGGGAAAGAUGGCCAAGAUGGCCAGGAUGGAGACCGGGGGGACAGUGGAGAAGAAGGUCCACCUGGCAGGACAGGCAACCGUGGGAAACAAGGACCAAAGGGCAAAGCUGGGGCCAUUGGGAGAGCUGGUCCUCGGGGACCCAAGGGGGUCAGUGGGACCCCCGGGAAGCAUGGCACGCCAGGCAAGAAGGGACCAAAGGGCAAGAAAGGGGAGCCCGGGCUCCCAGGCCCCUGCAGCUGCGGCAGUAGCCGAGCCAAGUCGGCCUUUUCCGUGGCGGUUACUAAGAGCUACCCACGCGAGCGACUGCCCAUCAAGUUUGACAAGAUUCUGAUGAACGAGGGUGGCCACUACAACGCCUCCAGUGGCAAGUUCGUCUGCAGCGUGCCGGGGAUCUAUUACUUUACCUAUGACAUUACGCUGGCCAACAAGCACCUGGCCAUCGGCCUGGUGCACAAUGGCCAGUACCGCAUUCGGACUUUUGAUGCCAACACCGGUAACCACGACGUGGCCUCGGGCUCCACCAUCCUAGCUCUCAAGGAGGGCGAUGAAGUCUGGCUGCAGAUCUUCUACUCGGAGCAGAACGGACUCUUCUACGACCCUUACUGGACCGACAGCCUGUUCACCGGCUUCCUCAUCUACGCUGACCAAGGAGACCCCAACGAGGUAUAGACGAGCUGGGCUUGAGCCUCGACGCAGGGACUAAGAUUCUGCAUGGGUGCUGAUGGAUGAAGACCCCUGGAUUGAGGCUGGGGACUGGCAGUCUUGGGAGCUUUUAUUCUCAGGCAGGCCUCUAUUGCUGCUUUAAAAAAAAACCCAUUAAAUCCAAGCUUUUGAUUCAUCUAUU